UACCGUGUCCACGUCAUAUCCGAGGACAACUUCCCCUGCAGCAGGACUUGCAUCAUCCGCUGCUGGCUCUUCAGCCUUAGUUCCAGCUAUUGCAGAUUUUUAUGAGCUCCCUGAGUCACUGACGGAGUUAUCCAGGGUUGCAAGACAGGGGCCUGGGUUGGCAUGCAGAUUAUCAUUGGGUGGAUAUGCUGUGUGGGAGAUGGGACAGGUGGUGGAUGGGAGCGAUGCGUACGUGGAGGAAGUGGCACCGGCAUCUCAUGGGCCUGAUAUGAAAGCCGCUUUUUCCAUCGUAUCUGCUGCGAAGAAAGGCAUUUCUUCUAAAGCUA